AAGUGAGAGGCGGAGUCGGAACUGACUGUACCCCAGGAGCUGGAGUUGAGGCGAUCUGAGAUUUGUACUGGAGGCGGAACUUGUUCCUUUCACCUUCUGUAGGAACUUGGUUUACCUUUGGGAAAAGGGUGCUUGCCCCCCGGGAUAUCAGGCCUCCAGAUAUGCGUCUCUCAGCCUUGCUAGCCCUGGCAGCCAAGGCCAACUUGCCUCGUAACUACCGCUACGGAAUGAGCCGACCUGGAUCUAUGGCUGACAAGAGGAGAAACCCUCCCUGGAGAAGACAACGUCCAGUCCUUGUGGAGCCUAUACCUGAGGAUUCCUGGAAUGUGUUUUGUGGGGACACGGUCGAGAUCUUGGAAGGCAAAGAUGCUGGGAAGCAGGGAAAAGUGGUUCAGAUCAUCAGGGAGAGGAACUGGGUUGUCUUAGAAGGACUGAACACACAUUUCCGAUACAUUGGCAGGAGCAAGGAUUACCGGGGAACCAUGAUCCCCAGCGAGGCCCCCCUGCUUUUCCGUCAAGUCAAGCUUGUGGAUCCAACUGACAGGAAGCCAACUGAAGUGGAAUGGAGGUUUACGGAGGAAGGUGAGCGUGUACGAGUCUCCCUGAGGACAGGGAGAAUCAUCCCAAAGCCAGAGUUCCCCAGACCUGAUGGCAUCAUCCCUGAGCAGUGGAUUGAUGGCCCCAAAGAUACAUCAGUGGAAGAUGCUCUGGAGAGAACUUACGUCCCCUGUUUGAAGACCCUGGGAGAAGAAGUGAUGGAGGCAAUGGGGAUCGUGGAGACUCGGAGGCACAGGAAAGUCUACUGGUAUUAAAGCUACAGAGGAGACAGUCUUGUUCCCACCACUGCCUCCCCCGCAGAUCAUGACCGUGGGUGUCUGAGGAAUUGCUCUCUUUACUGUUGUCUAAUAAAGAUAAGGAUUUUCUGAG